AGGAAACAGAGGAUGGUUGGAUGCUGAGGGUGGAGAUACAGAACUGCACAGAGGGAAGAGGAACGGUGUUAUAUUUUUAGCUUCACAGCCCCACACCCAUGAGUGUUUAAUCGAGUGUGAGUGUGAGUGUGUGUGUGUGUGUGUGUGUGCGUGUGUGUGUGUGUGUGGAUUAAUGUCUACACUGCAUCUGGCUCAGAGGAAGGUCAAUGUUGGUCCAAAUGAGCCUGGAUGGUCAGGUUGGAAAAGAUGGAUAAAACCAUGAGUGAUGGUGAGAUGAGGGACGGACGGAUGGAUGGACGGACGGACAGAAAGAGAGAGAGAGACACAGGGAGAGGGAGGAAGUAAAAGAGAGAGUGUGGCGAGGGGAGGGAGGGAGUGAGGAGACUGUAGGGGAGAGGAGGGAAUGAAGGAGUAAUCUUGCCGUUUUUUCCCACUCCUGACUCUGGUGUCUCGCUCCGUCCACGUCCGUGUUUCCUGUCUCUGUCUCUGUCUCCUCUGCUCUGUCUUUUGCUCUUAUUCACUUACUCACCUCCUUGUCUUCAUGUCCCUCCUUUCGUCCUCACCCCCCGGGUCACUCCUGGACUCUCCUCGUCCCUCACCUCCUCACCUCGUUUCCUCUUCUCUCUGAUCUCUGAUUUUUCCAACCUUUUUUUUUUUUCCUCCAAAUGUCCUCCGUCCUCCGUCCUCGCUCACUGACCCACUGAACCUCUAUCCCUCCUUGCUUCCUCUUUUCCUCAUGCAUGACCUGGAACUCAUGCCGACACACAUGCAGACGUGUGCUCUUACGAACAGGACGCGAACCAACGCAGCACUUAAAGACAAAACAUAAACGACUCUUUCCGUUGUUUUGGUUUUUGUCUUUUUUUUUUCUCCAAUGGGAAACUCUGUAAAGCCGAUAAAAGUCCUGCACAAGAAGGACCAGAAGAAAAACUACAAAGCAGUGCAGUUCUGUGAGGACAGGGGUUCUGGGGGAGCCAGUCUCGAGCCACUAGUGGCCCUGGCCCAGAACGGCGCCACCAUGCAGAACGUGCUGGGGCCCGCAUGCAUCUUUCUGCGCAAGGGCUUCGCUGAGAGCCGGCAGGCUGACCGCGAGUUGAGGCCAGAAGAAAUGGAUGAGCUGCGCGAGGCCUUCAGGGAGUUCGACAAAGACAAGGACGGCUUCAUCGGCUGUAAAGACCUGGGAAACUGCAUGAGGACCAUGGGCUACAUGCCCACAGAGAUGGAGUUGAUAGAACUGAGCCAGCAGAUCAACAUGAACCUGGGAGGACAUGUUGACUUUGAGGACUUUGUUGAACUCAUGGGACCCAAACUUCUGGCAGAGACUGCGGACAUGAUUGGGGUGAAGGAGCUGAGGGAUGCGUUUAAGGAGUUUGACACGAACGGCGACGGUCAAAUCAGCACCGCAGAACUCCGAGAAGCCAUGAAGAAACUGCUGGGACAACAGGUGGGACACAGGGAUCUGGAGGACAUCCUGAGGGACAUCGAUCUGAACGGUGAUGGACACGUGGACUUUGAAGAGUUCGUGCGGAUGAUGUCACGGUGAGAAAAGAGAGAGAUUCCUGAA